GCGGAUAAACCAGUCUGGUCGGAUUAACAGGCAGGGGCAGAGGCCGACGUCGUCCACAAAGAGGGGAAAAAUGGAUAUGUCCACAAUUGGCCGAAUCUGAAAAGCCGAGGCGGGCCCCGCGAACCCCAGUGGCUGCCUAUUCCCCAUCCAAACGCCAGACCCAGUAGAUUAUGCUAGUCCGGUUGUGCAAAUAUCCGCUAUUUGGGAUUCGCAAAAAGCGGACGAUGAAAUGUUGGCGUCGUUAAUCUGAAUAAUAAUCGGCGUUUUAUGUCAAAACAUGGGGAUGUUAUGGUUGACAUCAUUCACAGUCAUUGUGUUAUCCCAUAUUACAGUAGCUCAAGCUUGUAGGAGAUCAGUGGUUUUAUUUGCUGCUAUCCACCUAGCCUCUUCGGAAUGUCAGACCCGCUCUAUAUACUGUUAUGAAUGUGACUCUUGGAAAGAUCCGAGGUGUAAGGAUCCGUUUAAUUACACCGCACUCCCUCGAGACCAGCCACCACUCCAAACAUGCAACGGAUGUUGUGUUAAGAUGGUGCGAAACUCAAAAACAGCGUAUGAGAGCGUCCGCCGGACCUGCACGACACAGCUUCAAAUCAACUUAUUUAUGGUCGACCACGUGUGCAUGCUGGAAAGUACUGGGACGGGUCACAUGUGUUUCUGUGAGGAGGACAUGUGCAAUUCGGCUCAUUGGGGCAAGAGACCCGCUCUGUUCCUCUUGCUCGCCCCCUUAGCCUUGCUCUUUCACAGAUAAACCAACCUCAUUAUAACCCCUGUCUUCCCAAACAUAGCCUGUAGACCUAGUGGUGUAAUUUUUGAGAAAAAAAAACGGCUUGGCAUCUGUGCUCAGGGAGUCGGUAAGGGUUCUAGGGUCUCUAACUUGACAGAUUAACAAUUUGAGACAAUAAAGUUUAAGAAAGUUAAGGCCCGACAAAUGUGUUGGAGUAGCUUGUUUGAACACUUUCAAACAAUCCACAAUCCUUCAUAGUAUAAACAUCACGUAACUCCUUACUCGAAAUUAAAAAGUACAAAUUCCAAUGUUUGACAUGUGAGAGAAUGCAUUUGCUGUACCAAAAGAACUGUCGGAUAAAUAUUAACAUCAUUAACUCAAACAGUGUUAUUUAUGCAUGGUGAAUGGAAAUAUUAGAGCUUCAUUUUUUAUUAAUUAACGUUUAAUUUGGGCAUUUACUAUAGUUUGUCACGUUGUCACUCCAGUUUUGAAUAAAUUCCAACAAAUCGAAUUUUGGGAUCAACACUAUCCUAAAUUAUAUCAUAAAUAUUUCUUAUAUAAACUCACUGUCAGUACAAAAAAAAAUCCCUACUUGCGCAACUUUAUUAAUCAACAUACAUAUAAUAUAUAUUUAUAUUUCAUUGAUAAUGUUUAAAGGAUCACAUUUUUUAAAUUUGUAGAUUACAAGCACUGUCGAUAUUUCUGUAUCAGCAUAGAGAGCAACUGUAGAAACUUAAAAGGCAGAACGGUUGGUCUGAUUGUAAAAUUGCAGUAGAACUUUAAGCAAUCUGCAUGGAAUGUGAUAUAGAAGAAGGGUCUAUUAUUUUUGUAUUGUUACAAUGAUUUUUAGAAUUUAUUUAAUUUUUUGUUUGAAUGAGAUAUUUUGUUAGUGAUUUCUUUACAUAAAACAAUGUAUAUGGGAUUUUUGUGAUUUUAGGAAUGCAAUCUAAUUAUAGAUUAGUUGCUUGUAGAAUAAGUGCUCAAUACUAAUUUUUAUCAAUCGCUAAUUAUCCAUACGGCAUAUUGAGAGAAAUGGAGAGAGAAAGCCGGGGUGAUAAUAUCGACAAAACCCUCUCAUUGAAAAUAUGUCUACCGUCCAAGAACAACAUGAGGGAUUUAGUAUUUAUCGCCCCGGCGGAUUGCAGCAGUACAAUUGGACAUAAGAACAUCAAUUUUUAUGUUAAAUCGAUUAAUCUACUAUAAAUGGCAUGUCGCAAAGCAAGAACUCAAUCCUAACAUCUACCCCUGGAAAAACACUAAUUAAGCAUGCCUACACCUUUUACCAAUCUCACUUUCGUUUAAACAUUAAGUAACCACUGUAAAUAUACAUAUGAAAAUUAUUUUGUAUCUGACGUAGCACUACUACACAAGAAAAUUGUAUAACACCUGUAAAUAUUCCAAACAGACAUUUUUGUGCAAAGCAUUAACACACUUUGGCUUGAUGAAAGCUGUGCAUGCAAAUUCUUCCUUAGACCUCUGUCUGAUACCAACAGUAAGAGUGAGUAGCUAAACCCCAAGGUGAACAUAAUUCUAAUUAUAAUGAAAUGGAUUGUGUGGUGGAGAGGCCGGGGAGAAUGAGCCACCACGAUUGCGACAAUUGUCCUGCACUCACAGAUUUAGGCCCGACGAUCGAUCCCCAGGGUCGGUAGUCGGGCCCGCGUUUGGCCCCGACUUGGUUUACACUGUUUCACAGAGCGUCUGCUCUCUGGAAAGGUGGAAACACACUUUUCUCACUGGACACGAUCACAUGUCCAAUGCACACACAUUUAUUAAAAAAUAACAAGUAAGAAACUCAAUAUUUCCUAUUCAAAACAAUAUUUAAAAAACUAACGGAUGGCCAUACAAAGUAUUUCUUUAGGUUUCUGGUUUACUUUUUUUUAAACUUAGCUUCUUACUUGUUAUUUUUCUCCUGGGCGGGUUUAACUUAGAUUUAAGUAAAAUUUCUACUUUAAAUCUGCCCUUUUGAUUAAUCUGUGCCUUUUGCCUAGAUUUCAUAUGCAACAGGCAUAGGUUAAUUCAUCUCUCAUGUUGCCAAUGAAGUCUUUUUUCCUAAUAUUUUAAGUCAAUUGUAAUCACUCGUCUGGCUUUUGUUUUCCUGUUCUACUCUUUAAAAUGCAAUUGGAUAUGGCACAGUGUACCUUUGUAACACCAAAAAAGCACUUUGUAAGCUAAAAAUUUAUAUACUGUCACUAAAAACCACAUUUAUAUUUAAUUAAAUAUAAUUACUUUUGAAAAAGAAAUUAUUAAGGAGUGAGUUUUUUAAGCAUAUAUACAUGGCAUGUAUAUAUAGCAUAAUGAAAAUAUUUUCUCAGCCAAGAAGCUGUUGCCAUUUGAAUACUUAUAAUAAAUAGAUUUUACAUUUCAAAAAAUUUGUUCUACUGAUGAAUUGAUGAAACAAUAUUUCAUCUUUAUUAAUUUAAUUAGUUUCUCUAGGAAAGUGAUAUUUAAUUAGUGAUUGAUGAUAGUUCUUAAAUUUGAAUAUCAACAAUUUAGCAGUCUCAAAUUUUUAUCCUUGUUAAAAUAAUGUUUAUAUUUUACGCUUAGAGAUUUUAAUAAUAUGCAUUAUUAUGUAUUUAUCAUUUUUAAAACUAGCAAGUAAUGUCAAUGACUAUAAUUAGAUACUGAUAAUUUAUUGAUUUAAUGAGUUAAGGUGUUCAAGUUCAUGUAAAAUGAAUAUGAAAGAAUUUACAAAUCAUGCUAACUUCAAAAAGAAACAAAGAAAUUUCUUUUGGCUAUACCAACAAUACCUUAAAAAUAUUUAAUAGCCAUUUUAUGCUGUGAAAUUAAAAUCAUUCUUAU